AUGGCCUAUGAUGGGGUGGAGACAAUGAGCGUUUUGGGCAUCCCGAGAGCGGGUCUUGGCUCUUCAGACUGGUUCCUGCUCUUGUCACUUGUCAAGUCGAGUCCGCUGAGGGAGAAGGCUUUUAGGAGAGGCUGUUGGACAACAGAGGAGCCUCCGCUCGAGCGACCGUGCGCAUUGUCGCGCCCGUUGCUCAUUCGAAGACCAAAUAUGAAGUUCAUGGCCACUCGGAUUCAUGUCCGCUCUGAAGCAUGA